AUGGCAUCUGAUGCCGUCGUCGACGACGCAGCCGAAGUCGAGAAGCUCUACGAACUCGGAGAGCGGCUGAACGAGGCCAAGGACAAGUCCCAGCACGUCAGCGAUUAUGAGGGGAUCAUUAAGGCGGUGGAAGGGAAGAGCGUGAAGGCGAAGCAGCUGGCGGCGCAGCUCAUCCCAAGGUUCUUCAAGUUCUUCCCAAGCCUCGCGCCCCGGGCCAUGACAGCACAGUUCGAUUUGGUCGAGGAGGAUGAGCUCGCGAUCAGAGUGCAAGCUAUUCGUGGGCUUCCUCUUCUUUGCAAAGAUACACCAGAAAAUGUAUCUAAAAUCGUAGAUGUUCUCGGACAACUGCUAACAGUUGAGGAAAAUGUGGAGCGUGAUGCAGUGCAUAAAGCCAUCAUGUCCCUGUUAAGGCAGGAUGCAAAAGCCUCAUUGACAGCAUUGUUUAAGCAUGUUGAGAUAGGCAUGGAACUAGUCCGUGAAAAGGUUAUUUGUUUCCUCAAGGACAAGGUGUUUCCUCUCAAAGCUGAGCUAUUGAAGCCUCAAGUAGAAAUGGAAAGACACAUCACUGAUUUAGUGAAGAAAAGUUUACAAGAUGUAACUGGUGCUGAAUUUAAAUUAUUUAUGGACUUCUUGAGGAGUUUUAGCAUAUUUGGAGACAGUGCUCCUCCAGAGCAUAUUCAAGAACUGAUUGAGAUUAUUGAAGGCCAGGCUGACCUUGAUGCACAAUUUAAUGUAUCAGAUAUCGAUCAUAUUGAUAGAUUGAUUUCAUGCAUGUUUAUGGCUCUUCCGUUUUUUAUGAGAGGUGCAUCAAGCAGCAAGUUCCUUAACUAUUUCAACAAACACAUAGUACCUGUUUUUGAUGAGUUUCCUGAAGAGAGGAAACUAGAUUUGCUGAAGACUAUUGCUGGAAGUUCACCUUAUGCAACAGCACAGGAUUCACGUCAACUUCUUCCAUCUAUUGUCCAAUUGUUAAAGAAAUACAUGCCUCGAAGAAAGACAGAAGAGUCUACCCUUAGUUAUGCUGAGUGCUUGCUGUACACAUUUCACCACUUAGCGCACAAGACGCCAAACUCCACAAAUAGUCUUUGUGGCUACAAGAUUGUGACUGGCCAACCAUCAGACAGGCUUGGGGAGGAUUUUUCAGAUAACUACAAAGAUUUCACUGAAAGGUUGAGCUCAAUUGAGGAAAUUGCACGGGCGGCUAUGAAGAAACUCACUCAGGGGAUGGCAGAACACAACAAGGCAAUGUCUGCAGCUAAGACGGAGGAGGCAAAGGCUAAGAUUAAAAUGGAGCAGCAGAAAACUACAAGUGGAUUGCGGAUCUGCAACAAUAUAUUGGCAAUGACACAGCCAUUGCAUGCAAAAGCCCCUUCAUUUAUUGGAGAUAAUAAAAUAAACUUAUCGUGGAAGGAACCAGUGAAACGAUCACCAGCUUCAUCAACUGCAACAGGGGUUAAGCGAAACACAGCUUCUAUUAAUGGUUCAAGCGCGAACACGGCAGCCAACAAAAAGGGUCGAGGUGAUGGAGUCAUGCAAAGCCAGCUUGUGAACAGAGCUUUGGAAGGCUUAUCUCGGGGUGGGAGAAACAAUGGAAGAGGAAGGGGUUGGGGAGGCCGAGGAAGGGGAAGAGGUUACCGUUAGUUCAGAUGAAUCCAUGAGCUGUGCUGCUAGGAAGGCCCCUUGGCAGUUUUGAUUUAUUAUAUAGAGCAAGGUGUCGGGUUUUUCUUCAUCAUCAAAUCGGGCAAAAGGUGGUUCUUUGUUGCUUGUGUUGUCUAAUUGGAGCAGACUGAAUUGAUCCAAUACACGCUGGGCUGGACAUGUCUAAAAUGACUGACGAUAACAAGACUUUGUAUUGGAGAGGCGGAAGGAAUAUGUAAUUUUUCUUGGUUCUUCGGAGGCUCUAUACUGUCAUGUGCAUUAAAUUGUACUUUUUAUUAUUCCAUAACUCCACCUUGUUAACCACCUUGUUAGAUAUCUCACAGACCUUUAGCAUUUGAAUAUUCAUAAAAUUCCUGAGGUUUUAUUUCACUGUUUCAACAUAAUAUUUGUCAAGCACAGCGUGUAAGUACUAUUAUGGCUAAAUUUCUUUUAAAGAAUGUUAGAAAGUAUUU